AUGUCGGAACAUGCCCAUGUCGAUUAUCAACAACUCAACGAUAACCUCCAAAGAUUUUUUGAAGCGCAUCCACAGGUCGAUCAUGUUGUCGGAGCUGAAGCUUAUGCGCUUCUUCAACAGUGUCAAAAUGGUCUUAUUCAAUAUGUCUAA